UGUAUUCAGUCUGCUCAGCGUUGCGUGAGGAAAACAUAUUAGUGUUAGUGUAGCCUAGCGUGGGGAUUGUAUUACAUAUCCAGUCAUUAAGCGCGUGCCGCGUGCAAAAUGAAAAAGAAUGGUAUACGAUCAACAAUUUUUAAUUAUAAGUUCGUCGUUUUUGGUUCCGCUGCUGUGGGCAAGUCGUCUCUUGUCAGAAGACUUGUUCAUGAUGAAUUCAGAGCUAAAUAUACUCCAACAGUUGAGGAUAUUUACAGAUACUUCUUGCAGUCAAAUAAUCGCCUUUGCAAUUUAACCAUCGUGGAUACUGGAGGAACACACGAUUUCCCAGCAAUGAAAGAACUUUACAUCAAAGAUUGUGCUGCUUUUAUACUUGUGUUAUCUGUUGAUGAUCAGAAAUCAUUCGAACAAUUUCGGAAAGACGUUCAAAGUAUCCUGGUGUAUCGGCCUACUGCGAAAAUAUUGACAGUGGUAAAUAAAGUUGAUAUCCAAAAUAGAUCAUUUUCAUCUUUACAAGUGAUAAGGUACAUGGAGAAACAAAGAACAAGAUAUCCACAAUUUCAGUAUAAAUAUUUAGAGACAUCUGCUGAGAGAAAUAUGAAUGUUCGUGAGAUAUUUUAUGAAGCUGUUGAAAUAAUAACACCUGGGUUCAAAGAACAAAAAAAAUCCCGUCAUACUUGUACAAUCUUAUGAAAACAAUCACUUAAAUGCAAAAAUAGUGCCAGUGGCACUGUUCUGGCACUGUAUAUAUACACGCAAAUACAUGACAUGUACUGCUUCGUACAAUUUGAUUUAAUUUACUCGUAUAGUUCAGCAUCAACGCAAUUUUAUUGGAGAUUAAGAUAUACAGUGUAAAAGUAAUAAAAAAUAUUGCCGUACAGUGUAGAGAUCAUUUUAAGUAUGUUCUUCGUUAAAAUGUGCUGUAAAUCUGUAAAUAUGAUGAAUUGCUGAUGUAUUGGUAUUUGUAUGUUGUGCAGGUGUGGUGCAGAAUAGUAAUUUGAUCUAAUAACCCCAUUAACAUGCCUGAACAUGGCUUCUAUUGUGAAAUAUUGUAUAUUUUGUAAAAUGAUGUACAUUUAUGAUUGUAUAUAUAAAAAGGAAUAUCAAGUUUAUUAAAUGAACAA